AAACUCAGAGGUCUGCUCCUCCAACAACCAACCGACCGACCAUCCUCUGACUGACCUCAGCUCUGUACCUGCCUGAUCCACACCUGAGAGGCAAACUGAACGGCUCCUCUCGGUCUCACCUGUAAGUAAACUUCACUUUUUUUCGUCUUUUCUUUAAAUUUCUUUUUUGGUUUUAUUUCUGCUCCGUCGCUCCUGUUGAAUUACGCAAGAGCGUCUAAUCAGAUUAACAUACCGAUAUUUUCUAUAUUCACGGUGUGAAAUGACUCCAGACUGACCCGAACAGACCCAUUUAUUCACAGCUUUGAAUGUUCUGUUACUAUAAGCUCUUAAAGUGAAUCUAUUGUCGUUUUGAAGAGUUUUUAGCUUAAAUUGAGCGGUUUUUAGGGGUUAAUUAUCGGCUGCAGACUUGUUGAGUGUUAAAAUGAAAGUGUCACGAUGCAAAAGUCGUCACAAUUUUAUUACAUAAAUGGAUUUUGAGUCGCUUAAAUCCUCACUGCUGCUGUUCCAAAGUCUUAGCAAAUCCUAUUAAAACGCCCUGGGAGAUCACCAACAAUUCAAAGUUGGUAUAAAGUCACCGCUGAAACUUGUGAGGCCUCAAUGUGUAAAAAAGGACAAAAUAUUAACUCUGACUUGGUCAAAUACAUAAAAGUAUAGCAUGUAUUUCAGAGGUAGUAAUACUCAGAUUCACUGUAGGUGUAUUCUGAGUCCUCCUCUUGUUUAAUAAGAAUAGUUUAUUGUCAGUUUUAUGCAGGUUGAAGCUCUACAGGUGAACUCUGACUUUAAACCAUUUUCAGAUGAACUCAGCGCCUCCCGCACACACAGACAGACAGACAGACAGACAGACAGACAGAUAACUCAAACUGCUGCUUUGCUCGGGGUUAACCCGUAUUGUGGCUUCCACCACUAAUGACUUAUUACUGACAUAAAACACUACAUCAUAACCACGUCCCUCUGCCGUAAAUCUCAGUCCUGGAGCCGGAGUGAAGCUGCUGUUUGGUCUGGACAGUUUUGUUAAUGUGUAACUGAACUGAAGCUUUAUUUAUGAAGCAGUCAAUAAGGAGGAUUAACCAAUAUCUCAUGUGUUUUUACAGUGUGCACCAUCAGAGGCUCGGCAUCACCAUGGACGUCUCUUCAGUUUUUAUAUGCAGUCAUUUUAUGAUGAAGUCCACAAAUAAACUCUGCACAUCAAACUCCCAGUGCAGCUUUAGUUUUUCCCAUUAGCACUUUAGACUGAACCAAGUCGUUUUUUAAUCUUUUGAUAAUAGAAGUUUAUUUAUCAAACACACGUUACCUCAGAUCUUCACUGUAAAACAGCCAAAGUCUUCUUAGUUUUUAUCCUUUUAUAAAAAUAUUCAUCAUGGAUACAUCCACACUCGCGUCUCUGGCCGUUGCCACCACAGCGGUUCUGUCCUCUCAGACCGACAUGUCGGGAUACUUGUGGCUGCUGGUGAUCGGCUUCAUCAUCGCCUUCAUCCUGGCGUUCUCUGUGGGGGCCAAUGACGUGGCCAACUCCUUCGGCACUGCGGUGGGCUCCGGGGUGGUCACCCUGCGGCAGGCCUGCGUCCUGGCCACCAUCUUUGAGACCGUGGGCUCGGUGCUGCUGGGGGCAAAGGUCAGCGAGACCAUCAGACAGGGGAUCAUCGACGUCCGAAUGUACAACGGCUCUGAGCACGUCCUGAUGGCGGGAUCCAUCAGUGCGAUGUUUGGUGAGAGCUUUCACAAGUUCUCCUUUAGUUUGAUGGAGACCACCUCAGGCUGACAGGAGGUCCAGUCCCUGAUCUUUGGAGCUCUUUUUCCAUAUUUCAUCCCUGCAGGCUCUGCUGUGUGGCAGCUGGCUGCGUCAUUCCUGAAGCUCCCCAUUUCUGGAACUCACUGUAUUGUUGGAGCCACAAUUGGCUUCUCCAUGGUAGCCAGGGGUUACCAAGGGGUCAAAUGGAUAGAGAUACUUCGCAUCGGUGACUCAAAUUUGGUUUUCUCCUAAUAUUUUAGAACAAACUUUGAUCAAAUCUUUGAAAGUUUUCGUUCAGAGCUUGUUAUUGACCGCUGCUGUGAAUCUCUUUUGUUAAAGUGGCGUCCUGGUUCCUGUCUCCUGUGCUGUCAGGCAUCAUGUCAGGAAUCCUGUUCUUCUUUGUUCGCAAAUUCAUCCUGAACAAGGUGAGCCGGACAAACACUGAACCAUGACCACGGUCGUUAUUAUGGGGUAUUUCUGAGUUAUUAUGUCAUAUGAAAUGCACUGAAAUGAAUAUGGAUGUUUUUUAAUGACCUAAAACAGUCUAAGCUCUACACAAGGCCACAGUUGUUAUCGGGGUGAGACUUUAUGCUUAAAAGGCCAGAAUCUUUAUUUUUGAUUUGGAAAAUUACAGUGAAAAAACUCUCUGCUGAGGCGACGAUCCCGACAAUAAAUCAGAAAAAAAACAAACAGAUCUGCUUCCUGUUCCAUGUCACGAGUAAACAAGAGAAUAUGGACGACUAAAACAAGCUAACACCAGCUGUUAUUAUGAAACUGUAAUAUCACUGUCAGUGAAAAAACACUCAGAGAACUUAUAUUAUUGUCUACUUUCUGCUCGCCUAUCACUGUCAGCAGGUUUGUGUAACUGUUAGGUUACCUGUUACCGCCGCUUCAUGAUUACGCUAACAUAAAUAUCAUAUGCUGCACCGGCUAGGAGUGGACAUACUAGCUAAAAACACACUAGCUUGAAGACCCCUGAUAAAACCUCAGUGUUGCGGUAAAGUAACGUAAAAGUAUCUGACACAGAGGGAGACAGGGUUUAUGGCCUGACCAGUAGGGGGAGCUUUAAAACUUUUGGUCUUGUAGUCAGUGAACGCCUACAUGUGGUAAACAUUUUAACACACAGUCUGGAAAAUGGAGGUCAUGUGUUGGUGACAGAGCUCCACAUUAUUUACUCUGGCAGAGAGCGUGGAUGACGCUCACAGCUCCUGCGGACUAAAUCAUUUUGAGACGUUACGUAACUGAAAGGUGAUGAAAUACAGCUGCUGCACAGGUCGCCUCUCCGACUUUACAACCAUCAAAUCUGAGAAACAUGACAAGACAGACCUUUUAAAAGCUCAUACAAGAUCCAGCUGAUGUCUUUCAAUUAUUUACUAAAGCUGUCUUCAAAAUGAAAAGUUUGACUGUGACUCCGCCCUCCACAGACCGACCCCGUACCAAACGGCCUCAGAGCUCUCCCCGUCUUCUACGCUAUCACCAUGGGUGUCAACCUCUUCUCCAUCAUGUUCACAGGAGCGCCUCGUGAGUAACAUUCGCACUCAUUACACCCGUUAUUCUGUUAAAAUGCACUCAUAACACGCCACAGCAGCUGCUGAACUCCUGGGGUGAAUAAAUGUCACAGGAGACUCAGGAGAGGAGAGUUGAUGAGAAUCUUCUUAGGACAAAGUAGGUGAAAAAAGAGAGCCGGUUUGUGUCAUUUUAUGAACCAAAAAUAUGUUCACCCCAACCUCUCUCUAAAUAUCAGGAAUAAAUCCCUCAGACGACAAACUUAAACCACAACAGUUGGAUGGGAGUUUUACCGAGAAAACAAACAUUAAACGGGUGAUUUCCACUCCUUUUUGUUUCAUUUGCAGGAUUGAACUUAUCAAGGAGUCAGCUGGCCUGGGCCCUUCACUGAAGGCUGCAGGCCGGUGUGGGUCAACAGAAAUAACACACCAAAACUCCUGCUGUGCAAAAUUACAGCCAAACACAGGGCGCAUUUAUCUCUGCCGCAGAGAGACAGAAAAAACUUUUAUUUUCUGCCUUCGUUUAUCCCGUUUUUACUGCAUGGCCUUUAUUAGUUUUUAACCUUGGCUAAAAGCUAAUAGGUAAGUCGUUCCUCCUCACAGUUGAUUCAGUCUGUGUUAAGAUGCCAGCUAAAGUGAAACUGUCCGUAACAGCGUGUACUCUCAGUGCAUUAUCACCGCGCUGCAAGACUCCAGUUUCUCUGUCACUAACUGAUAGGAGCGUGUCGAGCUGCUGAUACUGUUUCUGUUGGAACGUCCUUAAACACUGAAGAAGAAGUCUAUUGUGACUUUAAGUGUCGAGAGAAAUGAGAUACCAAAGUCGUAAAGAUCAUAAAAAUAAGCUCUGCAUUAAUUUACUGAGAUCAAGAGUGUCAUCCAAAGUUCGGGUUACGACAAGAGCACCCUCUGCUGGACCAAACUCACAAGUAUAACAAAAUACAUAACAUGUAGGCAAGCCAGACAGUACAGUGGAGUAUCGAGGCCACAUUAGGAAUAAUAGGGAUGUGAUGUCAAAGGUCAAAACCAGUAAGAAGCCCAGCUGCUGCGUCCUGGACCAGUUGGAGGCAAGAAAGUGAUGUUUGGGUAAUCCCAGAGAGGAGGGAGUUCAUUUCUCUCUGAUUGGCACGAGAGAGAAUUAAGUCAGAACUAACUCCCCUUCCUCAAAAAUCUGUAGUAAACCAAUGAAGGAAGCAGUAAAGUUGGUGUGUGGUCCUCCUCUGAGUCCUGGAUCUCUCGUGUGUCUGUAUCAGUGCUGGGCUUUGACAGAGUGCCGUGGUGGGGGACGCUGGGCAUUGCACUGGGAUGUGCGCUCAUCACAGCUUUAAUCGUCUGGUUCAUCGUCUGUCCACGGCUCAAGAAGAAGAUCAAACGUGAGUAAAACUCCGACAUUAAAAAUGCAUCUGAAUGAAAAACUCCUGUGAGCACGGUGCUCAGUGUUGACGCUUGUUAAGUCAGGCGGUGCACAAAGAAACUUCUUCUGUGAAGGCUGGACUUGCAGCAUUUUCCUGAUGCAUGUUGGUUUUUAAUGCAGGAGAUAGCGCUCCUGCUCCCUGUGAGACCCCACUCAUGGACAAGACCACCAGCAAACCUGCACCUGCAGAGCAGCCCCCAGUUCCUCAAGAACCCCGGUCUCGGAGUCCUCCUGUGGACAGCCAGAAGGUGGCGUUCAAACUCGGAGGCUCAGAGGAAACUGAUCUGGACAACAACGACAUGGAGACCAAAGAUUUGGACAUGGGUAACGGUGAGGGACGAUGAGCUCUGAAUAAACAACGUCAUUUAUGGUCAAGCCCACUCUUGAAUUAUUACUAAGGUUUUUCUUGUGUCACAGGACUGAACGGCACCAUGGGAACCAUGACGAUCACUGACCCUCACAGCGGACGCUCUCACACCAUCCACAAAGACUCCGGUCUCUACAAAGACCUGCUGCACAAGCUGCACAUGGCUAAAGUCGGAGACUGCAUCGGUGACAGUGACACAGAGGAGCGACCAAUCAGGAGGAACAACAGCUACACCUCCUACACCAUGGCCAUCUACGGCAUCCAAGGAGACCCCAAAUACAAGGACGUGGACGCCGGUGGGCUGCAGAGACGCUCACGAGUGGACAGUUACAGCAGCUACAGCUCUGCAGUGACCACCGGGAGUACGGUCCAGGACGGGAGUGUGACGCAGGAAGCCGGCAUGGAGCUGGCUCUGGAGGAGGACGAGCUGGAGGUGGAUCAGCCGGCCGUGUCUUUGCUCUUUCAGUUCCUGCAGAUCCUCACGGCGUGCUUCGGCUCUUUUGCUCAUGGAGGAAACGAUGUCAGGUAUGCAGGUGGAGGUUUUUCUGAGGUAUUUAUGUACAGGCCGUUAAAUCAGAGGUUUCACAUGAGCUGUUUGUGUCACCAGCAAUGCUAUCGGUCCACUGGUGGCUCUUUGGCUUCUUUAUGAGAGCGGCUCUGUGAUGUCAAACGCACCAACGCCCAUCUGGCUGCUCCUUUAUGGCGGGGUGGGAAUCUGUGCUGGACUCUGGGUGUGGGGGCGCAGGGUGAUCCAGACCAUGGGCAAAGACCUCACGCCCAUCACACCCUCCAGGUAAUCAUCAUAUUUGCUCCCCGCAGGUUUUAAAUGGUUAUUGAUCCCACAGUGGAAGCAUGCUGACAUGUUUUCUCCCAUUUGUAGUGGAUUCAGCAUCGAGCUAGCUUCAGCGCUUACUGUUGUUGUGGCAUCCAACAUCGGACUUCCUGUGAGCACGACUCACUGCAAGGUAACGAAACUCAAACACUUGAAAUUUGUUCAGGAGAUGAAAAACAGCCGAUCCUGCUGUUUGAUCUGUGCUGAUGUGAGGUGGAGGUAAAAUGACAGAAAUCAGGUGUGUCCAGGUCCAACUCUUCCAUCUGUGAUCAGGUCUGAGGAAACGUCGUUGGUGAAAAGUCAUGUGAUCUGACCUGUGGUUUCUUUUUGAAAUCAUGUGACCACAGGUGGGGUCGGUGGUCGCUGUGGGGUGGCUGCGCUCCAGGAAAUCAGUGGACUGGCGUCUGUUCAGGAACAUCUUCAUCGCCUGGUUCGUCACGGUCCCCAUCUCCGGGCUGAUCAGUGCCGCCAUUAUGGCGCUCUUCAUUUAUGUCAUUCUGUGAGUCUCAGACUGUGCGGCUACAGAGAGGCUGACUUUGGUCUCAGUUAUUCAUGUUUGUGAUGAUGUUUCUCCUGUUUCUGAAUGACGGGAGUCAAACCUCCAGAAUCCUGUAUAUCAUGAUGUACAUUUGUAUAAAAGUGACGUUGUAUUAAAAUUCAAAACAUCACAUUUUUGAUAACAAAUAACAGCUUAAUGUUGGAAUAUUUUAAUGUAAAAAGAAAAAAGGAGUUUCCUGAUGUAUCAUGAAUAAAAUGUAUUUUACUCGAUGAAA